AAAGCCGUGCAAGCCGGAAAAAUGGCGCCCCCCAGUCCCCGAGAGUCCAAGGCCCAGUCGGCGACGAGCGCAGCCAACUGGGCAGCAGACGGGGAGAUGGUGCUGCCGGGCUUCCCGGACGCAGAUAGCUUCGUGAAGUUUGCUCUUGGGUCAGUGGUGGCAGUCACCAAGGCAUCUGGGGGCCUACCACAGUUUGGUGAUGAGUAUGAUUUUUACCGAAGUUUUCCUGGCUUCCAGGCAUUUUGUGAAACACAGGGAGACAGGUUGCUUCAGUGCAUGAGUAGGGUAAUGCAGUACCAUGGGUGUCGAAGUAACAUUAAGGACCGGAGUAAAGUGACUGAGUUGGAGGACAAGUUUGAUUUGCUAGUUGAUACCAAUGAUGUUAUUCUGGAAAGAGUGGGUAUCUUACUGGAUGAAGCAGCAGGUGUGAAUAAGAAUCAACAGCCUGUCCUCCCUGCAGGAUUACAGGCCCCCACAACAGUGGUGUCCAGCUGGAACCGGAAGGCAGGAGAAUAUAGCAAAAAAACAAAAUCUGAAACUUUCCGGCUGCUUCAUGCAAAAAACAUCAUCCGACCUCAGCUUAAAUUCCGAGAAAAGAUUGACAAUUCCAACACGCCAUUCCUUCCCAAAAUCUUCAUCAAGCCCAAUGCUCAGAAACCCCUCCCUCAGGCACUCUCUAAAGAAAGGCGGGAGCGCCCACAGGAUCGCCCUGAGGACUUGGAUGUGCCCCCUGCCCUGGCGGACUUCAUCCAUCAGCAGAGAACCCAGCAGGUGGAGCAGGACAUGUUUGCACAUCCUUAUCAAUACGAACUAGAUCACUUCACUCCACCAGAUUCAGUCCUUCAAAAGCCAGAGCCUCAGUUAUACAGACCUGUAGAAGAGACGCCUUGUCAUUUUGUGUCCUCGCUGGAUGAACUAGUGGAGCUGAAUGAAAAGCUCUUGAAUUGUCAAGAAUUUGCUGUAGACUUGGAGCAUCACUCUUACAGGAGCUUCCUGGGGCUGACCUGCCUGAUGCAGAUUUCCACCCGCACAGAAGACUUCAUCGUUGACACCCUGGAGCUUCGAAGUGACAUGUACAUUCUCAAUGAGAGCCUCACAGACCCAGCUAUUGUUAAGGUCUUCCAUGGUGCUGAUUCAGACAUAGAAUGGCUGCAGAAGGACUUCGGGUUGUAUGUGGUGAACAUGUUUGAUACCCAUCAGGCAGCACGCCUUCUCAACCUGGGCAGGCACUCCCUCGAUCACCUGCUGAAGCUCUACUGCAGUGUGGAGUCAAACAAGCAGUAUCAGCUGGCUGAUUGGAGAAUACGACCUCUGCCUGAGGAAAUGCUCAACUACGCCCGGGAUGACACUCAUUACCUGCUUUACAUUUACGAUAAAAUGAGGCUGGAACUGUGGGAGCGAGGCAAUGAGCAGCCCGUCCAGCUGCAGGUGGUGUGGCAGCGGAGCAGGGACAUCUGCCUCAAGAAAUUCAUCAAACCUAUCUUCACGGAUGAAUCUUACCUUGAACUAUACAGGAAGCAAAAGAAGCACCUCAACACGCAGCAGCUGACGGCCUUUCAGCUGCUGUUUGCCUGGAGGGACAAGACCGCUCGUCGGGAGGAUGAAAGUUAUGGAUAUGUCCUGCCAAACCACAUGAUGCUAAAGAUAGCUGAAGAGCUGCCUAAGGAACCUCAGGGCAUCAUAGCUUGCUGUAACCCUGUACCACCCCUUGUACGGCAGCAGAUCAAUGAAAUGCAUCUUUUAAUUCAGCAGGCCCGGGAGAUGCCUCUGCUCAAGUCUGAAGUCGCAGCUGGAGCGAGGAGGAGCGGGCCGCAGCCCACCCCUGAGAGGUUGGAGAACGUUCUCUUUGGCCCUCACGACUGCUCCCACGCCCCGUCAGAUGGCUAUCCUCUCGUCCCAGCCAGCGGUAGCGAAGGGCCCGCCAGGACACCCUGGGAGGCUGGGGCCGCCUUGUGUGCCCUCGCGCCAGCCUUGACUGCGCUGACUUCCGUACCUGUAGGACCUGAGCCAGCACAGAAACAGGACGGCCUCCUCCCCGGCCGAGAAGACGGGGAGGCUCUGCUGGACACCAGAUGCCUCAUCGCCACCGCUGUCAUCACGUUGUUUAACGAACCUAGUGCUGAAGAAAACGGAAAGGGUCCAUUAACAAUAGCACAGAAGAAAGCCCAGAACAUAAUGGAGUCCUUUGAAAAUCCAUUUAGGAUGUUUCUGCCUUCACUAGAACACCGGGCUCAUAUUUCUCAGGCUGCAAAGUUUGAUCCGUCAUCAAAAAUCUAUGAAAUCAGCAACCGUUGGAAGCUGGCAAGCCAGGUACAGGUACAAAAAGAGUCUAAAGAACUUGCCAAGAAGAAGGCAGCUGAGCGAACAGCCGCCCGGGACCAGGCCGAGGAGGAGUAUAAAGCAACAGCAGAGCAGGCCGUGUCUGUCCGCCAGCAGGCCGCCCUGGAGAACACUGCCAAGAAGAGAGAGCGGACAAUGAGUGAUCCAAGGACGACAGAACAGAAACAGGAGAAGAAACGACUGAAAACUUCCAAGAAGCCAAAAGACCCAGAUCCACCAGAAAAAGAGUUUACCCCUUACGACUACAGCAAGUCGGAUUUCAAGGCUUUUGCUGGAAACAGCAAAUCCAAACCAUCUCCCCAGUUUGACCCAAAUAAGCAGCCCCAGUCCGGCAAGAAAUGCCUUGCAGCCAAAAAAAUUAAACAGUCGAUGGGAAACAAAAGCAUGUCCUUUCCAACGGGAAAGUCAGACAGAGGUUUCAGGCACAAUUGGCCAAAGAGAUAGUGUUGGAAGAGACCCUUGGGACCCCCCAGUGGACUGGAAGCACCACACGGUGGUGCUGGUUUUGUACAGACUCAUUUUUAAACCAUUAAAAAUAAUUCUUACUGGAAGAAA